UGAAUGGGCUAAAGCCACAAAGCACCGGGCUGGAAUGUUCGGGACCGGCCACGCUCGCUCGGGUCCAGGCCAACUUUUGAUUAAAUGAGUCCGGAACUCUUCUGUCGAGCCCCAGUGGAUCUACCCGGUAAAGUGGUCUUCCGGUGAGCUCAUUACUUUCGAGCGGGGCAGCGGAUUCAGGGGUGCUAAGUGGGCCGGAAGUCUGCCAACUUGCACUCCCCGCCCCAUUCCGGAUGUGACGCAUGCGCGGGGUUGCCGGAAGAAGUGGCGAAGUUACUUUUGAGGGGACUCGAGUAGCGGCGGCGUGUCAGGGGCUACAGAGGAGGAGGAAGAGAAACAGAGUGAGGGGACGGAGGCAGCUCGCGACUCCCCCGGCUGUUUCCAGGGCAACGGGAGUAGGAGACCCCGCGAGAGGCUGCCCACGAGACCCCCGCGCGCAGCCAUGAGCCCCGCCCCCCACUGGUGCUCGGAGAGGGGCGGGACCUGGAGCGAGGUUGCUCUGUGACCCUACCAUGUCCUCCCCCACCAUGAGUUCCCUGGACACCCCCCUGCCUGAAAAUGGCCCCCCUCAGCCUGGCGCCCCCUCUUCUUCACCCACUGUUAAGGAGGAGGGUCCUGAACCGUGGCCUGGGGGUUCAGACCCUGAUGUUCCAGGCACUGAUGAGUCUGGCUCAGCCUACAUCGUGGUCAUCCUAGACCCGGAUGAGGAGCCAGAGCGCAAGCGAAAGAGGGGCCCAGCCCCGAAGAUGCUGGGUGACGAGCUUUGCCGUGUGUGCGGGGACAAGGCCUCGGGCUUCCACUACAACGUGCUCAGCUGUGAAGGUUGCAAGGGCUUCUUCCGGCGCAGUGUGGUCCGCGGCGGGGCUGAGCGUUACGCCUGCCGGGGCGGUGGAACCUGCCAGAUGGACGCUUUCAUGCGGCGCAAGUGCCAGCUGUGCCGGCUGCGCAAGUGCAAGGAGGCAGGGAUGAGGGAGCAGUGCGUCCUCUCUGAAGAACAGAUCCGGAAGAAGAAGAUUCUGAAGCAGCAGCAGCAGCAGCAACAGUCCUUGCAGUCACCUGUGGGGCCAGGGGGCAGCAGCAGCUCAGCCUCUGGGCCUGGGGCUUGCCCUGGAGGAUCCGAGGCAGGUGGCCAGGGCUCCGGGGAAGGCGAGAGUGUCCAGUUAACGGCGGCUCAGGAACUAAUGAUCCAGCAGUUAGUGGCAGCCCAGCUGCAGUGCAACAAACGCUCCUUCUCUGACCAGCCCAAAGUCACGCCAUGGCCCCUAGGCGCUGACCCCCAGUCCCGAGAUGCCCGCCAGCAACGGUUUGCCCACUUCACGGAGCUGGCCAUCAUCUCAGUCCAGGAGAUCGUGGACUUUGCCAAGCAGGUGCCUGGCUUCCUGCAGCUGGGCCGAGAGGACCAGAUCGCCCUCCUGAAGGCGUCCACCAUUGAGAUCAUGCUGCUGGAGACGGCCAGACGCUACAACCACGAGACAGAGUGUAUCACCUUCCUGAAGGACUUCACCUACAGCAAGGACGACUUCCACCGUGCAGGCCUGCAGGUGGAGUUCAUCAACCCCAUCUUCGAGUUCUCCAGAGCCAUGCGGCGGCUGGGCCUGGAUGACGCCGAGUACGCACUCCUCAUCGCCAUCAACAUCUUCUCAGCAGACCGGCCCAACGUGCAGGAGCCAAGCCGCGUCGAGGCCCUGCAGCAGCCCUACGUGGAGGCGCUGCUCUCCUACACGCGCAUCAAAAGGCCGCAGGACCAGCUGCGCUUCCCACGCAUGCUGAUGAAGCUCGUGAGCCUGCGCACAUUGAGUUCUGUCCACUCGGAGCAGGUCUUUGCCCUGCGGCUCCAGGACAAGAAACUGCCACCUCUGCUAUCUGAGAUCUGGGACGUCCACGAGUGAGGGGCUGGCCAUCCAGCUCCACAGCCUUGCCUGAAUACCCUCUAACAAAUGACGCUGUCACCCCCCUUCCUCCUGGGUGGCAAGGGACCCCAGGCCAGGCCUGCAGUCCCACCUUGCUCCUGGCCUUGCCAGUCCUCAGCCCUGGGAUGAGCCCCAGUCAGGGCCCACAAGGCUUCCUCCCUACCCAAGGAGUCUUCCAGAAGGUGUGGAAGGGGUCACAGGUCCUGACCUUUGGCCCUUCCCAGCAACUCUCCUCACCCAGCUUACACCUCAAGCCAACCAUGCAAUGCACCUUGAACAGAGGGAGGGGAGGGCCCAUGGCUCUCCCCCACAGCCUGAGAGACCAUAGGUCCUCCUCUUCCUCUGCUCCUUUUAUUUAAUAAAAACUAAAAACAAAACAAAAACAGGAAAAUAAAAUAUGAAUACAAGCUGACCCUGAGCCAAAGUGCAAGAAAUGGAGAGGGGAUGGUCUUCAUUGACAUGGCCCUGAACCUGAUUCAGUAGGUGCGACUUGGGGCCUUCCGAGGCUGGUGGGGGGUGGCCCGGAUGGUCCUGUGCUCUGGCUGCUGUGGGGGUCCAGGACAGGGACCCGACAGGGUCACCUCCCUAGACGAGGUGAAUCAGAACCUGCUCUUCAAGGAUAAACAGGAUUUGUGUGGCAUUUUGUCCAGUCAACAAGUGUCUGCCGAGGCCUCUUGCGGGAGGCAUUGUUGGCCGUUCAGAGGCAGACGUCAUGCAUCCAACGAAUGUACCUGCCGCAUUUACUACGUCAAACAAUUUUGGGCACUGAAAGCAUCAGUCAUCGAGAUAAAGACCUUCCUACCAGACAUGGGGGAAUACAUGGGGACAGAGCAGAAGGGAACGGGGCUUUAAUGGCAGCACAGGCAGUGAGAGAGCCAGAGGAAGUGAGGCAAGCUGUCACAAAGGAGAUGUCUUUGCUGGGACCUAAAACAGAAAAGCCAAGGAGUGCUGGGUCUCCAUGUUGCGGGACCUCCAUGCUAACCCUAGAAGGUGAGAGGUCCUGGUGAGUUCAGAGUAGGGGAAGUCACGAAGUUCUUCCAGCUCCUCCUCCCCCAGGCCAGGCCCUGAUGGAUGAUGCAUAAACGAGUCCGAUGGACAGCAGGGUCAAGGGCGAAGAGGGUGUUGCGCGGAGGGAUGGGCUGGGUACUGAAAGGUAAAUUAUUUGGGGCGGGGGUUAGGA